CAAGUAGUUCCGAUGCACGCCACUGCACAAGGAAGACAGGUAAGGGGGAAAAACAAGGAGCGAGAAAAGAGGGGAGGGGGGGGGGGGGGGGGGGGGGGGGGGGGGAGGGGGAGAGGGGGAAGGAGGCGGGGGAAGAUGGGGGAGAGGGGAAGGUGCUGCGAAA